AUGUGCAUUGUCUUUUUUAGGUGUCGAUACGGAGCCAGCGAGUUGCAUUCUGUUGCAGCCUUUAUUGGAGGUGAGACAAGACACAGAUUGUGCCAAAAAAUGCUUUUGAGGGAAGGGAAAAAAACAAAAUUGCAAAAAAAAGUGUCUCCUGAAACGGUGUCUUUUCGAAAACUCAUACCCCUGCCUACGCCUCACUGUUGGAAUAGUGGGAAAAUCUGCUGAAUUGUACGGGACAUUUUAUAUUUAGGUGCAACCCACCUCAUCACAUUUUCUGGAAAAUCAUGCGCAAGAACAAGUAACGGAUACAAACGUGAAAUUCAGUUUUCAAAUGCUUUCAUCAGUCGCAGCAUCUGAUUUUAACGUGACAUUCCAGUUUCUAAGAAUAUCUACUCGAAUACACUUUUUGGGCGCAAGAUUUUGUAAAGUAAAAUAGCACAGGAAGAUAUAAAUAUUGUUCUUAGUUUUCCCGUUACCACUUGACAUUAGUGAGUUUACGCAACAGGACGGCAGGAAGAAGGGGACAGCAAAAUGUUUGUGCGUGACAAACGUGAUAGGGCUAUAACUUGCAUGUUAUGUUGUGAUCUUCACUUAGGAUUAAUGUUUUGUGGUUUUUACAAAAAGAUCUGUUUAAAGGAAAGUGAUGUUUGGCGAAAAGUUAUUUCACGGUUGUCACACAAGGUUUGACAUCUUCUUUACUCUCCCGUCCUGUUGCGUAAGUUCACUAUUAUCUUUCAAGGUUGGUCGUGGCAACAGUACGAUGCUAAGAUUAUUUGUGAAGCUAUAGGUCUCUUUUCGCGUAUGAAAUGGACAUUUUUAAUAUUCGCCACAUAGAAACGAGAAGGGAACUGGAGCCGAAAUGUGGCCCGCAAUUGUUUCGUUAUCGGAGACACGCCGAUCAGCUGUAAGAUCAGCUGUUGGUCGAUUGGCUAUUUUAUCCCCGUGUACCCAGAAGUCUUUGCGAACGUUAAAUCGGCCCUGGGGCCCGUUUCUCGAAAGUCCCGGUAACUUUUCGGGCCCGAAAUCAAAUAUUCAAAUCGAAAUAUAAAGAAUAAGAGUGCGGUUCCUGGCUAGCAAACUACUCCAUUUUGUUUCUUUAACUGAUAGUUUUAUCAUGUUAAAUGCAAAACUACUGAAACCUCUAUCUUUCAUGUAAACCAAAACAGCUUUACGGGCCCGUUAAUUAUCGGGACUUUCGAGAAACGAGCCCCAGAUUCCUUCUGGCAGCUCUCCUAACCCUAAAAGCCAACUGGUUCGAUACCCUAACCGUGAAACAGUGAGAAGUAAUUAUAAACAAUGAUGUGUUAUUGUUUUCUGCGACCAAUGAGGAAACACCUUACGAGCAGCUCCUAUACUGCUGUUCCUUCUCGUGUCUGAAAUGGAGAAUUAACAUCGUUUUUUUAUAUUUAUUGCUCAGGUGCGGCAGCCCAAGAAAUCGUAAAGCUUAUCACUCACCAGUUUGUCCCGUUUAACAACACGUACAUCUACAAUGGGAUCACUGGAUGUUCAACGACUCUCUGUCUCUAA